AUUUAGCUUAAUUUCUCGCGCAGCUUCAGGGCGCGCGUGCGGCUGUGCGGUGUCUGCUCGCUCCUGUGCCGACUCGUGCUUACCGCUGCCUCUUUCUACACAUCGGCUGCUCGUCAUGUCUGCUGCUGUGAGAACUGUCAAGGGUCUUGUGACCUUGGUGACAGGUGGUGCUUCUGGGCUUGGCAAGGCGACUGCAGCACGGUUUGCGCGCCAAGGUGCGCAGGUGGCCAUUUUCGACCUGCCCACAUCCAAGGGAGAGGAGGUUGCCAAAGAAGUUGGCAAUGGCUGCAUCUUUGUACCAGGCAAUGUGACGUCCGAAGACGAUGUACGAAAGGCAUUGGCUACCAUUAAGGACAAGUUCCAGAGGCUGGAUGUGGCUGUCAGCUGUGCAGGCAUUGGUGUGGCCUUCAAGACCUACAACUUCAACAAGGACUUGCCUCAUAGCCUGGAAGACUUCACCAAAGUAGUUAUGGUGAAUACGGUGGGGACAUUCAAUGUGGUGCGGCUGGCGGUCGGCCUCAUUGGCAAGAAUGAGCCGGGCCCCGACGGUCUGCGGGGCGUCGUUGUGAACACCGCCAGCGUGGCAGCGUACGAGGGGCAGAUCGGCCAGGUGGCCUACAGUGCCUCCAAGGGGGGCAUUGUGGGCAUGACACUACCAUUGGCACGAGACCUGGCUUCUCAAGGCAUCCGCUGCUGCGCUAUUGCACCAGGCCUGUUUCACACACCACUGCUGGAGUCGCUGCCCGAGAAGGUGCGCACAUUCCUGGCCGAGACCAUUCCGUUCCCCAAGCGGCUGGGAGACCCCGACGAGUACGCUCACCUGGUGCAGUCCAUUGUUGAAAACCCUCUGCUUAAUGGCGAGGUCAUUCGUCUCGACGGUGCACUCCGUAUGGUUAGCUAGGUGCUUUAUAUU